AUGGCCAACACCAAGAAAACUACUCGCUCAACUGCUCCUACUGGAACUGCAGGAAAGAAUGCCCCUGCUAAAAGAGGUUCUCCUUCAACUAACCGCAAGAAGAAAAAUCAGAUUAAGUCAUCUACGAAGCCGGCUGGAUUCUACCUCCGCAGUGAAGUUCUUGAAGGAGGCUUUGAAGCAAUUUAUUGCACCAAGAACUCCAUGGUGACUGAUGCCUACACCCAUCCUGCCAUUGAAGCUCUUAGAGCCAACGAUCCCGAUGAGCCAUUGUGCCAAAUUGGAAUCAUGGGAGCUUAUUAUAUGAGGAUUGGUCCUGGAAACAACGCCCCCCUCCUCAAUGCCACCAAUGCUUACACACGCCAGGUGUUUAUUAGGGCCCUUGAUGAGGGAGACAUGUUGCCAGAAGCUAGACUUGAGGCUUUGAGGGUUUUUAAAGAGUUCUUGGAGAAGCGUGAGAACAACCAGUAUGGUACCAAGGUUUUCAUUGAACAACCUGGAUGGGAUUUAACUCCCCUUGAAGGUCAAGACCUUCGCAAAAUGGAUCCCAUUUUGCAGUACUCGGAGAUUGUCAGGAUCAUUCGAGAUGUCUUUGACAAUGUUGGGCCUAACUGGGCUGCCAACGAUGCCAACAAGGCUGAUGCUGAUGCCUUUUUUACACCUGGUUUGAUCCCCUAUGCAGCCCAUCGUGAUUUGGGGUACCCUGUGGAGCUUGUUGUCCAGGAGCCUCAGCCUGUGGAACAAGCCCAGGCCAAUGGAGAAGCCCAGUCAAAUGGAGAAGAGCCUUAA